AUGUCCGAUAAAGUAAAAGAGAUCAAUCAAUUUAAUUUGUAUAGAUCCAAAUAUGGUAUAACUGAUGAAAAUACUACAAGAGAUGAGUUCAUCAAUAUGAUCAAUAAGGAAUCUUAUAGUUCGAUAAUCCAACAUAAAAGUUUGUUGUAUUAUAAUAGUAUUGCUAAGGGAGAAUUGAUGGAAAUAGAGAGAUUGAACAUGUUGAAGAAACUUGCCAAAGAAUGUGAAAAGAAAUAG